AUGCAGAGAUCUGCAGACGGUAUCUACAACAUCCCAUCCUCUACUAUAAAAGGAACACACAAUCACCAUGUACUCAGUCUUUAUAAAUCAGCUGCUACAUUGACCGAACUGAUCUGGAUAGCCUACAAUCCAAACUCUAGCAUGUCUGCAAAUCGAGUCAGAGCCCUGGAGGGAUUCGUCCAGUCAUGGGUGAUAGCGCCUGAUAAACCGAAGGAAGAGAACCCAACAUCUACAGCGGAGAAUUCAAAGAACCAGCAAGAUACAAUAUCCCUACCCCCAAAGAACGAUAAGGACAAAAAUAAUGUUAGCCCAGAGUCCUCAGUAUACUCUGGCCCCGAGCUCAUCAUGCCGUCACUAGACGCGAUCUCCAUCACGGAAGGGUCUUGGUUUGCUCCAGACCUGCGACCUGAAGGGCAAUCCCUUAGGAAAAGACGAAAGAAAGCUGGAGAAUCAGAAAAACAGAAGAAGAAUUCUAAAGUCGCGUCCGAAGAUAGCUCCAAGGCUGCUUCUUCUUCGCCCAAGAACGAAAGGGAAAACACAUCGCUGCGUGCUUUAGCAUCGUCGUUCCUGACCUGGGUCCUAGAAAAGAUCAUCAGACCGGGGAUCAAUCUUCUUCUCUUCGCAGCCAUCCUUCAUAUACUCGUUGUGCCCGAGCUGGUCUACCAGCAUCCGAGUCUCUGCGGUAUCGCACUGAUAUCGAAGCUCUAUCCCGCAAAGUGUGCUGCUCCACGUUAUCAGCAGCAUCAUGGCAUCAACCCUCUGACCCGAAAUUCACCCUCCCGCUAUGACUCAAUUAUCACAUCCCAGAGAAAGCUAGAGACUCUAUUCAAUGGAACCCUCCAAGCUUUAACCCCGCUCAACAUCUCCCUGAAGCAAAGCGAGUCCAUGCUCCGCAACGUCCACGGAGACCUGAAACAGAUAUACCCCGGUGUCAAGAACGCAUUGGACCUCGAAUUUCAAGGCUGCUGGCAGGCCAUCCGCGCCGCGGUCCAGAACUUUGACUCUCUAAAAGCAGACAUGCAAUCCGCCGUGAGUAGCUUGAUGGCUACAGGAUCCUUACAGGCGAACCUGGGCAUCCAAGAACAACAACAGCAACAGACCACUUUAUCAGCAGCACCACUGCACUACUCGGAUGCAACCAAGGCUACGAGACUCUCAACACAACUCCUCCGUCGAGAACAGUACCUCGAACGCCUCAGUUCACAGAUGCAAUCCAAAGCAGACUCCCUCUGCGACAAUCUCGCCACGCUAGAUGACCACCUUGAGUCCAUCGAGGCCAUCGUCAACCGCGAAGAGAAAUACCACCAUCAACAAAACCCGCACUUCUCCCAGUCCGACGAUCAGUCGCUGGUCCGCAGUAGCCUCCGUGCGGCAUUCGAUUCCUUCCUUCCCCAUGCGUCGGGGAAGUUCUUUUCCACCAUCAAGAAGCCGUCCUCAUCUUCCACUGACGAAGAUCCAGCGGUAGCGGAAAGUCCUUACCGGUCUGUACCGCGGUUGCUGCGCAAUGCAGCGAGUCGCCAUCGUCCUGUGAUGGUCUUGACACAGAAGCUGUCGAGACAGUUGCAGAAUAUGCAGAGGAAUAAAAUUUAUUCUUAG